CCUGAGGCCCCGGGUGUAGCUCGUACAGGAAAGUAGUUCCGGUCAGAGAGGCGAAUAAAGCUGCUCGUCCCAACAGAUCCAGUGGCUUCUUCAUUCCUGCAAAGUUCACCCAGUAGGACGUCUCCCGCCGACACAGAUCUAGUCAUGUCGAAGUCAAAGGACACGGGCUCUUCCGUCAUUCAUACCCAGCAGAUGCAUGCCGCCAUGGCGGACACAUUCAUUGAGCACAUGUGCCUGCUGGACAUCGACUCUGAACCCGCUGUGUCUCGUAACACCGGCAUCAUCUGCACCAUCGGACCUGCAUCCCGAUCUGUGGAAAUGAGUAAGAAGAUGAUCAAGGCUGGGAUGAACAUUGCAAGAAUGAACUUCUCCCAUGGCACACAUGAGUACCACGCUGAGACCAUCAAGAAUGUCCGUGAAGCCGCUGAGAGCUUCGUCCCCGGAUCGGUUGACUACAGACCAGUGGCCAUCGCUCUGGACACCAAAGGACCCGAAAUCAGGACUGGACUCAUCAAGGGCAGCGGCACUGCUGAGGUCGAGCUCAAGAAGGGUGAAACCAUCAAGCUAACGCUCGACAACCAGUACAUGGAGAACUGCGACGAGAAAGUGCUGUGGCUGGACUACAAGAACAUCACCAAGGUUGUGCAGAAAGGAAGCAACGUCUACAUUGACGAUGGUCUGAUUUCCCUCACGGUUAAAGAAAUCGGCAACGACUACCUGAUGUGUGACAUUGAGAACGGCGGCCUGCUUGGCAGCAAGAAGGGUGUCAACCUGCCCGGAGCUGCCGUCGACCUGCCUGCUUUGUCCGAGAAGGACAUUCAGGACCUGGAGUUCGGCGUGGAGCAGGGUGUUGACAUGGUUUUCGCCUCCUUCAUCCGCAAGGCAGCUGACGUUCAGGCUGUCAGGAAAGUGCUGGGCGAGAAGGGCAAGGACAUCAAGAUCAUCAGCAAGCUGGAGAACCACGAGGGUGUGCGCAGAUUCGAUGAGAUCCUGGAGGCCAGUGACGGCAUCAUGGUUGCCCGCGGAGACCUGGGCAUUGAAAUCCCAACGGAGAAGGUCUUCAUCGCGCAGAAGAUGAUGACUGGCAGGUGCAUGAGGAUUGGCAAGCCCAUCACCUGUGCAACACAGAUGCUGGAGAGCAUGACCAAGAAACCCCGCCCUACUCGCGCCGAGGCAAGCGAUGUGGCCAACGCCGUGCUGGACGGAAACGAUUGCAUCAUGCUGAGUGGCGAGACCGCCAAGGGGGAUUAUCCCCUGGAGGCUGUGCGGACACAGCACAUGAUUGCCCGCGAGGCCGAAGCAGCCAUGUUCCACAGGCAGAUGUUCGAGGAGCUGCGUCGCACCAGCCAUCUGACCCGUGACCCCACAGAGUCCGUUGCCAUUGGUGCCGUCGAGGCUUCCUUCAAGUGCUGCGCCAGCGCCAUCAUCGUGCUCACCAAGACGGGCAGGUCUGCUCACAUGCUGUCAAGGUACAGGCCACGUGCCCCCAUCAUCGCCCUGACCCGCUGUGGCCAGACGGCCCGGCAGGCCCACCUGUACCGCGGCAUCUACCCCGUGCUCUACACCAAACCUGCCAACGAUGUGUGGGCCGAAGACGUUGACCUGCGUGUCAACUUUGCCCUGGAAGUUGGCAAGCACCACAAGUUCUUCAAGUCUGGAGACGUUGCCAUUGUUGUGACAGGCUGGCGCCCAGGCACCGGUUACACCAACACUAUGAGAGUUGUGCUGGUGCCUUGAACUUCAUCCAAGGACAUUAGCCAUCGCUUUGUCCUUCAACUUCACUUUUCGCUUGGUCUUCAUCCCCAACAGAAAAUCCAAACCAGGCUUCCAAGGACUCUUGCAGGUGUCGUUCAUAGACAGUAACUCCUCGCUUCCUGUAUCCAUAUAUGAAAUCAAUGGUCCUGCUGCCAAAGGCUGAACCCAAAUCCUCUUUGAUAGAAACUUCUGUGCGCUCUUACCCGACUCAAUCAGUACAAUCAGGGUUUUUCUCUGCAUUCAUUGUAAUGUCCUGAAUUAAAAGUAUAAAAUAAUCUCUAAUGCACAAAAAGUAAUAUGUUAAAUGUCCCAUUCCCAACAAUGUGUAUUAUUAUUAUGUAUUUAUUAUAUACAUAUGUACUAUGAUUGUAGUUCAGCGAUUUAAUGUUUACCAUAUAUAUUGACAAGCAGCUUGUGAAUUUGAUCAAGCAAACAAAAGAUUUUUCUUGAAUUUUCUGAAUUCUACAAGAAUAAAGUAGCUGACAUUGGAAAUGCUAUUUAGCAACAGUUCUCAACCCGGUGAACAUAUACAGCAGAUGGGCCAAAUAUCUGGCAGUCUUGACUAUUUUGAAUGUCGGCUUCAUGCAGGUUCUCCAUUUAUAAUCCGGCUUAAAGUCUGAAACUUCAUCAGUCUUUCUAUCAGAUUCUCCUUACGUGCCACACUGCUUCUGAAAAGAAAUCAACAGCUAAGACGAACAUCAUUGACCAUGAUAUUUUAUUGCACUGGAUUCAGUAGCUAAAAUAAAAUAUGCCUAAACAUA